AGCGGGCGCUCUAUUUUCCUUCUCUGUAAAGCAACUCAUCUAAGCCGAAUCUGGUUUUGGUCGGCUCCACCCGGUAAUGCCGAUAAAAAGAGGGCACGUUGCUCCGCAGAACACUUUCAUUGACACCCUCAUCCAAAAGUUUGACAGCCAACGCCGAAAAUUUUUGAUCGCCAAUGCCGUGCUACCACAAACGCCGAUCAUUUUCUGCAAUGAUGAUUUGUGCACCAUGUGUGGCUAUUCACGCGCGGAAAUCUUGCAACGAUCCGCCGCCUUGGAGUUUCUUUACGGUCCUCUCACUUCUUCCAAAGCCGUGGGGGAGUUGAAGCAGGCACUUACGGAUACUGAGGAACGAGUAAUUCUCGCCAUACUGUACAACAAGGCUGGCUUUCAUUUUGUCUGUCAAAUUGCGGUUGCCCCUGUGCGCAAUGCGGAAUGUCAAGUGCGGCUUUAUAUCCUCACCUUCCGUGGCAUGUCUGACUUUGAGGAUGCCGAUGUCGUCAAGUCAAAAUCCGAUCGCGGAAAGCUCUCCGUUUUGGCCUCUCAGUUUCAUCGAAUUGUUGGCUUGACCCGGAUACUCACUUCAAUCGGACAUCGAGCCACUCAAUCACCAGCUCAUCACACUACGGUUAUGCCAGAGGAAAUAAACCAAGAACAGUUUGUACACUCUUCAAUGGAGUUGGCUUCUACAGGCUUGCUGGCACAACGACACAGUUCUGCUGACCAUCAUUUCGGGCAGUCAUCAGAUUCAGCUCAUCUUGGUGCACCCGAAGCCGCUUCAUCCCAUCUUAAUCUGUCAACCGUUAGUCAGACCUCGUCUAUGCUUCUUGACGGUGGAGAGACAACAAAAAAAUCACACCGUUGUUUCCCGACAAGAACUAAUUCGGGCUCGUCCCAAGGGCUCCGUGUUGGUUCGGCAGUGGCUCAUGGUACCGGCGGUAUCGUAAUCACUACGGAUUCCGGUCUCAUGUCGCACCGAAAUGUGUCGGAUAAAGUUGCAGAGAUGCUUUCCCUCGGUCCGGAUGUUCAUCCCGAGCAUAAACUGCAUUCACCUAGAAUUCAUCCGUUCACCUUGAAGCACUAUGGUCCAGUGAAGGCGGUAUGGGAUUGGCUUAUCCUGGGUCUCGUCAUCUACACUGCCAUAUUUACCCCGUACGCCGCUGCCUUCCAUUUACUGGAGGAAAACAAAACUACGAGAAAAUCGGGCGAAUGGUCGACACUCCGUGCGAUUGAUUUUUUCGUAGACAUCAUGUUUAUCAUCGAUAUUUUUAUCAAUUUUCGCACAACGUACGUGAACAAGAAUGACGAGCUGAUAUCCGACCCUGGCCGCAUCGCUAUUCAUUAUUUCAAAGGUUGGCUUCUGAUCGACGUCGUAGCGGCCAUUCCUUUUGACCUGAUACAGAUCGGUGCGCAAACCGACGAUAUGGUUAAGUUGAUUGGACUACUGAAAACUGCACGUUUGCUUCGUCUCGUGCGAGUGGUGCGCAAAUUAGAUCGCUACUCAGAAUACGGCGCUGCGGUGCUCUUAUUGCUCAUGGCAACGUUUGUGCUCAUUGCUCACUGGCUUGCGUGCAUCUGGUACUUUGUUGGCCAUAUUCAACGCCAGAAACAUUACAUAUGGACCGGAUGGUUGGACACGUUGGCUGCCCAAAUUCAACAACCGUACACCAAUCGAUCGACAAUGGGACCGACCAUUCAGGCCAAAUACAUCACCGCACUCUAUUUCACUUUCUCCAGUUUGACCUCCGUCGGGUUUGGCAACGUGAGCCCCAACACAAAUCCGGAGAAGAUAUUUUCGAUUUGUGUCAUGCUAGUUGGAUCCCUAAUGUAUGCCGGUAUUUUCGGACAUGUCAGCGCUAUUAUCCAACGACUCUACAGUGGAACCGCCCGGUAUCAUAUACAAAUGCUUCGUGUGAAGGAGUUUAUUCGUUUUCACCAAAUCCCAAACCCACUCAAAAGACGUUUGGAAGAAUUCUUCCAACAUGCGUGGUCUUAUACAAAUGGUAUUGAUAUGAACUUCGUAUUGCGGAGCUUCCCCGAAUGCUUACAAGCGGAUAUCUGUUUACAUUUGAACCGUCACUUGUUUGAGACUUCACUACCUUUCAAAGGUGCCAGCCAAGGAUGUCUCCGAUCAUUGGCUCUCAAAAUGAAAACUACCCACGUUCAACCAGGUGACACCCUGGUUCACAAGGGCGACGUUCUUUGCUUCAUCUGUUUCAUCGCUCGGGGCAGUAUCGAGGUCGUCAUGGGCAGUGAUAUUGUAGCUGUUCUGUGCCAGGGCGAUGUAUUUGGAGAGAACCCGUUCGGGCAGGAUCUAAUGGGACAAUCGAAGUUUUGCGUGCGUGCACUUACCUAUUGUGACUUGCACAAAAUUCAGCAUGAUGACCUGUUUGAAAUUCUGGAAAUGUAUCCGGAGUUCGCAAAGCGUUUUCGACAAAAGUUGGAAAUUACUCUGGACCUGCAGAACGCUCCGGUACCGGGUGACGUAUGCCCAAUGCAUUGGGAUGAUGCUUUAAAAAAACUAAGCAUUUGCCAUCAUAUGGACGCUGGAAAAGGCGACCAGGCUUAUGAAACCGAUUUUCCUGCGCCCCUAACAAUAAAAGGUCCUCUUUCUUCUUCGGCGCCCUACCUCAGUAUGCUAGAACAAGAAGCUAUCGAUCUGGAUCGUCCACUUCUUAGAGAGGACGAUAGGCUUUUGUCAGCAGCGCGUAUAACCAACAAUACACAGAACAAGGAACAUCCAUUAAGUCCUGCUCCUUUCUCUAUCAGCAGAGAACCGCGAAACCUGGGCAGUCCUCCACCAUCCCGUCAUGAUGGUGUGGCAUCGGCUUCUCCUGUCCACGAGACGCGUCCGUCUAGAUAUCCACCAAGCACUGUUAUUCCUCGCACUGAGUUGGAUUUACUGCCGGGUUCCAAUGACUAUGAUACUGUCGUUCCACUGGGUGUUGGAUCCAUCGACUUAGGCUCCCUAAUGGUCGGAUUAACCACCCGUUUACUGAGCAUAGAACAGCAGUUGGUUGAAUUGGAACAGAAGUUCGAUGCUAAUCUGUCGGAAGUCCUCCAGCUGGUCCAAACGAUACCAACAUCAAACCUUCCAUCAACCAUGGCAGCCUGAACACAUCGUUUAUCCACUUCUGCGCCAUCCGAGUUGCUUAUUUUUGCGGGACUGUGGAAGACAAACCGCUGUCAUUGCUAUCCAGGUCACCCGUGCACAAGCCAAGAACCCAAACCUAGUUUCUCGGGUGCUCCUCUCUGGUAACCCACCUUUCAAAGCAUACUUACUGACUAAUGGGGAUUCAAUGGAGGCUCCUAAUCGGUAAAAACAAUCAUACACACCAGAUCUUGGAGCGCGUAGCCAACCAACAAAACAAUUCUUCUACCUGGUUCAAGAAAUAGCUAGAUUCCUCACUUAUCAUGAAUCUCUUUAUCUUCUUCAUAUUACCUUUGGAAAACAUGUUGCCGAUACAAGUCACUUUCUUCCCAUAUUUGACGUUCUCCCAUAUCUCCGGAGUCACUAAUGUGAAGACAAUUCAACAGGAUAGCAUCUGUGAGACUAUUACAAUGCCUCAUGUACUGCGCCAACGUAUCUACAAGUCCGACUAUUGGUUUCAGAAUUAAUCACCUUGGCUACUAUGUCCCUGAACUGGUGGGAUUUUCACCCACAGCUGUUGAAACUGAUCCUGUAUAAUUUUUUUCUGCUUUCGCACACUGUCAACCUCAGUCCGAUCGGUCGCCUUAUAAAGAUGAGCA